AUGGAUGAGGAACGGAUCCUGCAGAGGGUGCAGAAAGAGGUGCGCUCUUUGCUUAUUGCAUCCAAGAAAGGACUGAGUGUUCAAGAGCUGGAGCAGGACUAUAGAAUGAUGAUUGGUUCGAAUCUUCCUCUGCGAACCCUAGGCUACCGGUCCUCUAUGGAGCUGCUUUUGGAUAUGCCCAAUGUAGUCCAGAUCCACUCGCAAGUAGAUGGCACCGUGAUAUUAACAGCGGUGGUCGACGAAGCAACGAAAAGGAUUGCAGAGUUGGUUUCCCGGCAGAGAGACCCUGCUAAAUCAAAAGGGAGGCGAGUACGGCAAGUGAGACCUAGGUGUCAUGUUGACUUGGUAAGACGUGGCAGAGUAGCCCCGGUGCUCCCUGCUGCUGUCAAGAGUGACCUACGAGACCUGCUGUCCAUCUCACCAUUGCUGAUCUCGGAGUUGGAGAAGGCCUUUGUAUCUCGCUUUGGACGUAGUUUUCAAUAUACCCGAUAUGGGUUUUACUCCAUGUUGGAAGUGAUCAGGUCUAUCGCUGAUAUCGUCGAAGUGAAACAGACAAGAGCUGGAUCAUUGCUGGCGCUUCGGAGAUCAAAUGCCAGUGGCAAAGUGAAUGGGCAACCCAUGUCACAAGACCUAAAUAGGAAACCUGUUGUGGACUCUUCUUCACCAACUGUACUUCAACCACACAGGAAAGACCUUUGUCAGGAGACCCCUAACAAACAAACACAACCAAUAAACACUUCGAAUGGCAGUUUUGUGCAGCACCCUGAACUUAAACAAAACUUGUGCGCGUAUCCUGUUGAGGUGCCCAAUGUUUUACAAGAAGACAGAAGUCCAGUGGUACCUAAGGUGUCAGCAGAAGACAGAAGUUCAGCAGCAACUAAGGCGUUAGAAGAAAGAAGUCUAGCGGUACCUAAUGUGUCAGCAGAAGACAGAAGUUCAGCGGUAACUAAGGCGUUAGAAGAAGACAGAAGUCCAGCUGUACCUAGGGUGACAAAGGAAGAUGAAAGUAGAGGAAAUUGUGUGCACAGCCCUUACAGACCAACCAAGACAACAAUUACAAACAGUUCAUUAGGAAAACCUAAGCCAGUUAUAGAGACGUUUACUCCUGAAAUACAGAGGUCAGCUAUGCAUUCAGACCAAGCUCCAUUAUCUGAAUUUGUUAAAGAAGAGAGCUUACAUUUUCUUGAAGAGAAGUUGGAAAAAGAGUUGAGACUGUGCUUGGUGCAGAAGGGAACAGGUGGGAUGCUAAGUCCAGAGCUUCGAAGGGAGAUUAAACAUGUUGUGAACCAGCAUCCCAAAGGACUUCUAGUUUCCCAACUUCCUUCUCAGUUUAAGAGUUACAUAGGGAAGGACCUGCAGUACAGAAAACUGGGGUUCACCUCUGUAAUGGAGCUAAUUGGAUCACUGGGGGACAUGCUUCACUUGGAAAGCACACCAAAUGAAGAUGAUUGGCAUAUCUUUGAUACAGAAGCGCUGCCCAAGCUUGAAGAUAGCAAAGUGUUUGGCCCAGCAGCUGACCCCCUUUCCAGUUGGAAUUCGCCCCAGCAACAGCCAGUGCAUGUUAAACCAGUUGGGUUCAAGGUCUCUCAAGCAGAUGGAAAUCUCUGGUGGGGGCCUCAGGAGAUACACCUGUCUUCUAGUACAGAGAAGGAAAUCCCUCCAGACGCUGUAAUACAUCAGAAACUGCACUGCUUACCCCGUAUGAAACGUGGCUUCAUGGUAGGGGUAUUUGUGGAAAACAUUACUUCCCCCAGCGAGUUUUAUAUCCGUUGCUGUGGAAAGGAUAUGUCUGAGAAGCUGGAAGACAUGAUGAUAGAAAUGAGGCGCUGCUACUCUAAUGAGUGCGUGUCUGAGCGCUAUCUUGUACCGGAUCACUGUGUCGCUGUAGGGGGGAUUUAUGCUGCUAGAGUGGAUGGAGACGUCUGGUGGUACAGAGUUAUAUUGCAUGCUUUUGUCGGGACUGAAGACGUGGACGUUUUUUAUCCCGACUUUGGCCAUGUGACGACUGUGAAGAGAUCCUGGCUACGAUUCCUCAAAAAUUGUUAUAUGAAGCUUCCUGCUCAGGCUGUGCCUUCUUGCCUAGCCUUUGUGAGUCCACUGGAGGAUGCGUGGUCAGUACAAGCUACUAAGCGUUUCCAGCAGCAGUGCGAUCGCGGUCCUCUAGUGGGGCUGGUGCUGCAGUACGUAGUAGAUGUUUUAUACCUGUUCCUUUGUGAUACGUCAUCUGAUGAAGAUGUGUAUCUGCACCAGCUACUGACAACUCAAGGCCUGGCUCAAGUGGGCCAAGACCCAAUAUAUUACAAAACCUCACAAAAGUGCAACCCAUUUGUGCAUUACCUUGCCCAGCCCCAAGGACAGCUAUCUGAGGAACCUCUUGAGAGCCCAGAACAAAAUGAAGGUCUUCCUUCUGGAUUUCCAAAUCACAGCGAAUCUGUCGUGGAGGUAAAGGAGGAAACUGUAUGUGGGAUCCCGUACAUUGAAGCAUUCCCCAAAGGCACUGAUAUAUGGGAUGAGACUUGGUCUGUGUUCGGCUCUGAAGUUGGGAGUAGAUCCAGUUCUUUAGAUGUAAAUGAGUGCGAGAAGAAAUCCAGCCCAGAGUUACAGUCCUCUCCGCCUUCUGAGGAGCUUGAUGACGCUAGCAUGCUACAUUCCUCUUUGGGUGACUUUUACAUCUCUUUGAUCGAGUCCAAAAAAUCAGAAGAAACAAAUGAUUCAGGACCCCUGACUCCAACAAGAGAUUUCUCUGGUCAAGAGACCAUAAAUCCACUGGAUAUAGGCCAAAACUCAGAUGAUCAUUUGUCUUCUACAUCAGAAGAAAACUUUUCUGGGAAAAAUCAUGAUCUAUCUAUAGACAGUAAGCCAACAUAUUACCACCAAACUGGCCUCCGAUCUCCGAUGGGGUUACAGAAGUUUCAAAUUCCUAGAAGUGCGAAGAUGAGGGCGCUUGGAGCAGCAGCCAGAUUGGCCACUGAUGGCGGUUUCCUGAAUUGGCCAGAGUAG